AUGGAUCAAGCACUGGCGCGCGCGGUGAGGGACAAGAGGCCGGUCCCGGAGAUCGACUUCACGCUACACACCAUGGAGGAUGGCACUCAGGUUUCCACGAUGGAACGAGUGAUUAAAGAGGUGCAAGCGCCGGCUUUAAGUACUCCAACGGAUGAGAUGUUUUGGUCUCCUGAAGACCCUUCGAAGCCCAACCUCCAGUUCCUCAAACAACAUUUCUAUCGGGAAGGUCGUCUUACGGAGGAACAGGCGCUAUGGAUUAUACAUGCCGGAACUCAGAUAUUGAGAUCUGAACCUAAUCUGCUAGAGAUGGAUGCGCCGAUCACAGUCUGUGGCGACGUUCACGGUCAAUACUAUGACUUGAUGAAACUUUUCGAAGUCGGUGGCGAUCCGUCCGAGACGAGGUAUCUUUUCCUGGGUGAUUACGUUGACAGAGGUUAUUUCAGCAUUGAGUGCGUUUUAUAUCUCUGGGCCCUGAAGAUCUGGUACCCAAAUACCCUUUGGCUGCUCCGAGGCAACCAUGAAUGCAGACAUCUCACGGAUUACUUCACCUUCAAGCUGGAAUGCAAGCAUAAAUACAGCGAGCGUAUCUAUGAGGCCUGCAUUGAGUCGUUCUGCUCGUUGCCGCUGGCGGCGGUGAUGAACAAACAAUUCCUGUGUAUACAUGGUGGUCUGAGUCCUGAACUUCACACUCUCGAAGAUAUCAAGUCGGUAUAUCGAUCGUUUCAGAGAGCCCCGACUCACGGUUUGAUGUGCGAUAUCCUCUGGGCUGAUCCGCUGGAAGAGUUCGGACAAGAAAAGACAGGAGAUUACUUUGUUCACAACAGUGUUCGAGGCUGCUCUUACUUCUUCUCGUACCCCGCGGCUUGCGCUUUCCUUGAAAAGAACAACCUGUUGUCGAUCAUUCGAGCACAUGAGGCGCAGGACGCUGGAUAUCGCAUGUACCGAAAGACUCGCACGACCGGAUUCCCAAGUGUGAUGACUAUCUUCAGUGCUCCCAACUACUUGGACGUCUACAACAACAAGGCUGCCGUUCUGAAGUACGAGAACAACGUCAUGAAUAUCCGACAGUUCAACUGCACGCCUCACCCAUACUGGUUGCCAAACUUCAUGGACGUGUUUACGUGGUCGCUUCCUUUCGUCGGUGAGAAGAUCACCGAUAUGCUCAUCGCCAUCCUCAAUACCUGCUCCAAGGAGGAGCUCGAAGACGAGACUCCUACAUCCGUGUCGCCUUCCGCUCCUUCUCCUCCGCUCCCGAUGGACGUGGAGAGCACCGAAUUCAAAAGGCGGGCGAUCAAGAACAAGAUUCUUGCCAUCGGACGUCUCUCGCGUGUCUUUCAAGUGUUGCGGGAGGAGUCUGAGAGGGUUACUGAACUCAAGACGGCUGCUGGUGGCCGUCUCCCUGCCGGUACUCUGAUGCUUGGCGCUGAAGGAAUCAAACAGGCCAUUACAAACUUUGAGGAUGCUCGCAAGGUUGACUUGCAGAACGAGCGUCUUCCACCGUCUCACGAGGAGGUCAUCAAGAGAAGCGAAGAGGAAAGACGGGCUGCCCUCGAGCGUGCGCAACAGGAGGCAGAGAAUGACACCGGCUUGGCUAAUGUCGCCCGGAGGAUUAGCAUGUAA